AUGGUCACUUUCCUUGCCUUCACGUUACUGUCUUUCCUCUCGUUCUGCUUCGCAGACUCGGAAUGGAUCGAAUAUCCGCCGUCAGGUUUCGCGUCAAUGACCCACUACGGGCUCCCGCUUGAUGCAAUCACAGCUUGCGGCUGCGUACCAGCUAGCACGCACUAUCCAACUGCCGCGCUCGGCCAACUAGCAUACGGGAGUAGCAAGGCAUUCGGACCGGGUUGUGGACACUGCUUUAAUCUCACUCUGCUUAAUACAUUUCUUUCCGACCCGCCGUUCUUCCCGAACGUGACGAAGAGUGUUGUCGUUAAGAUUACUGAUUUGUGUCCGUUCGUGUCUGAAUGGUGCACUGCGACUAAUAGCAAGCCGAAUCCUGCUGGUCAUCAACUAAACUUUGACUUGGCUUGGCCGUCUACGAGUAUACCGGACGACUUCUUCCCAAGCAAUGCAAGUUUAUAUGGAUACACGGAUUUCGGUGUCUGGAAUAUCAGCUACCAGAGCGUCUCGUGCGACUCUUGGAUGGGUGCCUCCAACAUAUCUGCCUUCGGAGUCGUUCCCGACCUAGGUCCAGAAUCAGUUUGCUGUCCGACUGAUCCAUUUACAAGCCCCAAUACCACCUGUGCAUCUUACUCAGACCUGAACGGUUUACCCCCCGAAGCAGCACCAGCCGUCAGCUCAUCAACUACCACAAGAAAAUUCAUACCCUUGGACCUACAUACCCUGGUUAUUUAUUUCGCUGUUGUCAUCUUAUCGUUGUGUUCUAUUUUGCUGUGA